AUCACAAAGCAGAUCAGGAAACUGUUGACAUCAACGACCUGAUUAAAGAGGCCUACGAGAAAUUUGGUGAUAUUCGGUGGGAGGACGUGGAGAACAUGCGCAAACGCAACAGACUCUACGUGAUUCAGACACUUGAGGAAACGACCAAACAAAACGUUUUGCGUGUUGUUGCUCAGGACGUGAAGUUCAGUGCUGCUCAGAUAGAAAAACUUUACCUACUGUUUAAGAGGCAGCACUUUAUAAGCUGUUACUGGUCGGCGUGCAGUGCUGCCCUACAGAACCACGACCCAAGCCUGCCGUACCUGGAUCAGUACCAACUAGACCAGGACCAGUUCCGCUCGCUCUUCACCCUGCUGUUACCAUGGAGACACUCGUACACACACACACACACUGAUACGCGCUUUCUGGCGUGCUUGGCGUUUCGCCUGGCUGACGAGAACGCAGACGGGCUCAUCAACUUCAAAGAGUUCAUAUGCAUGAUGGAUAUCCUGUAUAAUGGCUCAUUCACUGAAAAGCUGAAAAUUCUCUUCAAACUUCAUCUACAACCAGUUGCAGAAGGAGUUGGUGUGUGUAACACUGUACGAUCUGAAGCUUCUGCUCUUCCUGCUGAAGAUUUUUCUCUCAGUUCUCGUCUCUCUGAACAAGCUGAUGAUGGAGUGAUUAGAAAAGGUCCAGAGAGAGGUCGAGGAAAAGUGGAUCUGCAGGAAUAUCUGAAACAGUGGCAGGACGAGUUACAGAAGAAGGAGGAGAACAUUAAAGACCUGCCCAGGAUCGAACAGGCGGAGUUUGUUCGUCUCUCUAAGACCCUGUACAGUAUUUUCCAUGGAGACGAGAGGGAGGAGCUUCUCUGUCGUGCUGUUGCCCGGGUAACCAGCCUGCUGCUUCGAAUCGAAGAGGCGGGACGUAAACUACAGAACAGCCCAUCAAAACCCUCUCCACAAGCCACGCCCCCCACAGAACAAACCACAGUCACCGUGACGAUGGAUGACUCCUGCCCUAAAACGCCUGACUCUCCUCCCACCGGCCCCUCCCCUACGCAGGACACAGGCUCCGCCUCCUCAGCCACUAGCAGCCCCACUGGAACGUGUAGCUCCUCCCGGACCACGCCCCCGGACACGCCCUCUCCUACAGGUACAGGUGGGGACUGGAGUUUCUCAUUCGAGCAGAUUCUGGCGUCGCUACUGAACGAACCGAGCGUGGUGGAGUUCUUCGAAAAAACCCCAGAUACACUCACACUCAUACAAUACACACACACACACCAGCUCACACACACACACUGAUACACACUCACACACACUCAUACACACACUCACACUCAUACAGUACACACACACACACCAGCUCACACACACACACUGAUACACACUCACACACACUCAUACACACACACACACUCAUACACACACACACACUCAUACAAUACACACACACCAGCUCACACACACACACUGAUACAGUCACACACACUCAUACACACACACACACACACUCAUACAAUACACACACACACACACACACUGAUACACACACACUCAUACAGUACACACACACACACUCAUACAAUACACACACACACACACACACACACUCAUACAGUACACACUCACACACACUCAUACAGUACACACACACACACACACUCAUACACACACACUCAUACAGUACACACACACUCA